AUGAACUCUGCCCACUGGGUGGUCCACCAGUGGCGGUUGUACGAGCGGUCGCUGUGCUCGCUGCUGGAGCUCCAGGCGCGUAAAGGUUCCUCGUACUCGAUGUGCUGCUCGCCGCGUUACAUGCUGGCGUCAGAGUACGCGCCUCACCUGCUCCCGCUGCCGCUCACGACCCGCGCGUCGCCGCCGCCAGCGCACUUGUAG